AUGUCCAGCGUCCCUCUAUCGACCCAAUCGCAGUCCAAUUUCUUCGUCAUGCUCCCCCCGGAAAUCAGGCUGCUCAUCUACGCUCUAGCGUUGCAAGGCGAGCCAGACGAGACACUCGAACUCACCCUCCUCGACGACCCGCACCGCCCAUCUUUCAGCGUCAAAUACGCACACGACUCCUUCCCGCUCUCCCCCCCACACAUCGACCAACUCCUCUCCCUCCCAAAGACCUGCCGCCUAGCCUACGCCGAGUGCAUCCACGAAUUCUACGCGCGAAACACCCUCAGCACCAACCAACUCGGCUGCAUCCUCUUCCUCCCCUCCGCCCUCGCCCCCCCGCUCUUCCAAACCAUCCGCGCGCUCUCGCUCCGCUGCUACGCGCGCCGCCGCUACUGCGAGUACUCCUAUCUGGAUCCCGCGCCCGACGACGAAGCCACGUGGGAGGCGGCCUGGGCGGUGGUUGCGGGCAUGAGGGGGUUGAAGAGCCUGCGUGUGCACAUAUGGCAGGGACAUGCAUUCGGGUUACACGGCCAUCAUUGGUCGGAGCGCCAGCUACUAGAACCAUUAACAGCUAUCCAUGGGGCGGAUUCCUUCAUCGUUACCACGUCCUGGGUGUUGGAUCAUACGACACCAGUAGAAUAUCGGGAAAGAUGCUGGCCAUUCCAGAUUCAGCGAGGGAUUAUUCCUUAA